CUAGGUCCAGGUGGCCUCCUUUCUGCUUAUCAUGAAGCGGCAAUACAGCCCUGAAGAAAGGCAGCUGGUGAAGAGGACAUCAGGAUGGGGUGCUGUCGUGCGGGGCAUACAGAGUGGCCGUGUGAUCAACACAAUGUGGGCAGAUGAGGGCACCGUCCUGUGUACUGUGCAAAUGGCCAUGGUGAGGCUUUUUAUGAUUUGGCCACUCAAGGCGAUCACUCCAGUGGCUUACCUCUACUGGGCGUGGCGCUUGAUCCGAAGCCUGUCCGGGAAAGUGCCAGCGAGAGUCCAACCGAAAGGUGCAGUUCAAGUCUUGAGGGCUGCAGCUCUGUGGGGGCUGCAGGAACUCCUCUCCUUGGUGCUAGGGCUGGAAGUGUUGUUCUUUUGCUACUACCGCUACAAGAGGGCAACUUUGCAGGAGCCUGCUGUACCACCACGAAUGCCGCUGGGUAAGUCCUUAGAUGUCCUACGGAGGGUGUUCCAGGCAACGCAAGACAUCCAGGCUUGCGGCCGCUUGCUGGAGGGGUCUCGCUCUCGUGAGAUAAUGACACCUCACUUGUCACCCAAGGCAAGCAUGCAAGACUUUCAGGAGGCCUUGCAUCCCAAGAGAAAUGAAUCCAAUGUGGAGCAGCUGCUGCGCGAGUGGGACUCCAUAAAGAGAGUCACCUCGCAGAACAUCGCUCCAGCAGUGCUGCUAAGCGAGAAGGAACGAAUGGCCAUGGAGAGUGCCAUGGAUGAUGCGGAGCUGCUGGCGCUGAAACACGCUGAGAUCAGCGGGUGGUUUUUUGACCGGCGGACCGGCUGUCGGUGGCCGGCGGCGCAAGUUGCUGAACUCUGCAGGGGCAAUUUAGCUGAAUGGAUGGCGUGGGCCUUUUUUCAUUGCACACCUGCAGAGGUACCUGCUCAAAGACGCCAAGAGCUGGAGCAGCUUAUAGAUGAAGGUGCCCAAUGGGCUGGUGUGGACUUCCCACGGGGCUACAACCCGCAUGUGCAAGCAAUGCGCUUGACUAUGGAUCCAAUCCCAUCGGAGCAGCGACCGCUGAUCUACUACAUUGUGACAGCUUUGGCCAUGCCAGUGGUCAACACCUACAACCUCGAGAAUCUCGGAUUCCGCCGGCACAGGAGUGGAACUCUUUGGUACUGGUUGCGGCGUGGACGAGGGAAGAGUUCACAGCCACCUAUAGUUUUUUGCCAUGGCGUGGGUGUGAAUUUGCUCCCAUACGUCCACUUCAUCACUGAGCUUUUGAGGCAAAUGCCCAAAGGCAAAGACAUUUUCCUGGUCUCCUUGCCUCAUAUCUCCAUGCGCAUCAAAGAGGAUGUUCCUUCCUCUACUGAAAUGGUCGCUUGCUUGCGCGACAUGCUGCUGAGUUGGGACCACACAUUUGCCCAUUUCGUGGGUCACUCCUUUGGGUCGAUCGUGGUGGCUUGGAUGUGCAGAAAUGCCAAGGAGACAGUUAGCGUCGCUACCUUUCUUGAUCCUGUGUGCUUUCUACUCAUCAAGCCAGAUGUUUGCUACAACUUCAUGUACCGGGAGCCGCAGACAGCCACUCAGCUGCUCAUGCACUACUUCGUCGCCCGCGAGCUGUACAUUGCGCACAGUCUUUCCCGAAACUUUUUCUGGUAUCAGAAUUUGCUGUGGCCAGAGGAGCUGCAAGUACCUUGCAUGGUCAUGCUCUCGGGAGAGGAUUCAAUUGUGCCUGCACACUCCGUCCGACGCUUCCUCACUGGUUGGAUACAGCAACGCGGUGGGGAUGCAUUCAGGCUCCUUUGGUUUCCCAGCAUGGGGCAUGGAGAAAUGAACUUUGGCCCCGUUGGGUUGGCAGCGUGCAAGCGGAUUGUUGCGGAGAUGAUGUCACUUGAAGCGCAGCUUCGAGUGUAGCCGCUUGCAAUCUCGAGUUUGGCUGCGUGGUAUUUUGCCGGUCAACUUCGGCAUACAUGCACGCGGCUUUGUUUUCACGUGACAAAUCAGA